UGUUAUGCUGCUGCUAUGGAGCAGGUUGUGCGUGAAAAUCAAGUUGUUGUGGUUGUUGGCGAAACUGGUUCUGGUAAGACCACUCAAUUGACUCAGUAUCUGCGAGAUGGAUAUACCACAACUGGUGUUGUUGGCUGUACUCGACCGAGACGUGUGGCUGCCAUGAGUGUUGCCAAGCGGGUCAGUGAAGAAAUGGAAACUGAGCUUGGUGAUAAAGUCAGAUAUGCUAUUCGAUUUGAGGGUGUCACUUGUGCUAACACUAUAAUCAAGUAUAUGACAGAUGGAGUACUUCUCCGUGAAACAUUGAAAAACACCGACCUUGACAAAUAUCGUGUUAUCGUCAUUGAUGAAGCACACAAGAGAUCCCUCAAUACUGAUGUUUUAUUUGGUAUAUUAAAGAAGGUUUUUGCACGACGGGAUUUUAAACUGAUUGUCACAUCUGCAACCCUAAGUGCACAAAAAUACUCGAAAUUCUUUGGAGGUGUACCUGUAUUUCACAUUCCUGGCAGGACAUUUCCUGUUAAUAUCUUGUUCAGCAAAACACCAUGUGAAGACUAUGUGGAAGCGGCAGUGAAGCAGGCCAUGACAAUCCACAUAACAAGUGGCCCUGGUGACAUCCUCAUUUUCAUGACUGGGCAGGAAGAAAUUGAAGCUACCUGCUAUGCUCUAGCUGAGCUAAUGGAGCAGCUAAUAUCAUCGUCCACCAAGACUGUACCCAACCUCUCCAUCUUGCCCAUCUACUCACAGUUGACUGCCGGCAUGCAGGCCAAGAUCUUUCAGAAGGCAGAAGAGGGCACUCGCAAGUGCAUAGUGGGUGGUAUCUUCUAUGUCAUCGAUGCCGGGUAUGGAAAGAUGAAGGUAUACGAUCCAUGGAUGGGCAUGGAUGCUCUUCAGGUUUUUCCAUGUAGUCGAGCAGCUGCAAAUCAGCGUGCAGGACGUGCAGGAAGAACUGGUCCUGGCACAUGCUACAGGCUGUUCACACAAUCAGCUUACCAGAAUGAGAUGCUCCCUAACCCUGUGCCAGAGAUCCAAAGGAAUAACCUGGGGAACGUGGUUCUCUUAUUGAAAUCCCUCAAAGUCGAAAACUUGCUUGAUUUUGACUUCGUGGACCCAACUCCCCAGGAGAAUAUCCUUAACUCCAUGUACCAGCUCUGGCUGUUGGGUGCCUUGAACAAUGUUGGUGGCCUCACAGAAAUCUGUUGGAAGAUGGUGGAAUUCCCGUCGGACCCAACUCUAGCAAAGAUGCUUCUUAUGGGGGAGAAGCUGGAUUGCCUUGAUGAAGUAUUGACUAUUGUAUCCAUGCUCUCGGUGCCCUCAGUUUUCUUCCGGCCAAAAGAUCAAGCAGAGGAGAGCGACGCCGCAAGGGAAAAAUUAUUUGUCCCAGAGUCUGACCACCUGACACUCCUGAAUGUAUACCUGCAAUGGAAGUCAAAUCAGUACCGUGGAGACUAUGUCAAGGGUCUCCGAAAAGCUCGGGAAGUGAGGUCUCAGUUGCUGGAAAUACUGAAAGCCCUGAAGAUCCCACUGUCACCUACACAUAUGUGGGAUUUAAUAUAACUCCCAAGGCAAGGCUCUGGUCUAACCUAAAAAGCUCAGUUCAGCUUCAGCCCACGUACAUACUGGUCAUGAAGAGCAAAGCAACGGUGAGGACGAGACCAGCACAGAUGCAAACAAACAAUAAGAACCCACAUUGACCCACAAUCAGGGACUAACAAAGAGCAUAGGGAGAAACAAGAAGAUGAUAUUGUGGCAGAGGUUAAUAACCAGGCUGGCGAAGGGAAGGAGGCGUCAAGCAGGAUGAACCAACACUGACCAGGCAAGAUAACUAUACAGAAGAAGGACAAUGGUGUUAGCGCCACGUGAAGAAACGAUGACCACAAAUAAUAAAUUUACACUAUCCAAA